AUGGCUCCCCCUAAUAACCUUGCUAAUCCCCUCUUUGACAUUGGCAAACAGGAGAAUUCAGAAAAACUCUUUGAUUUGUCCAAUGGGAACUUUAGUGUCAAAGGAUUUCCUUUGCUCUCUGAUGUUCCAAGUAAUGUCACUUUCACUCCAUUUUUGUCUAUUUGCAAAUCCUCUGAUGCUCCACUUUCCCUGCUCCAACGUGUGCAAGCUCUGUCACAUAAGGGAGGGUUUGUUGGGUUCAACAAAGAGGACGAGUCCGAUCGGUUGCUGAACUCUCUGGGUAAGUUUACUGGGAGGGAUUUUUUGUCCAUCUUUAGAUUUAAAACUUGGUGGUCUACCAUGUGGGUGGGCAGUUCAGGUUCUGACCUGCAAAUGGAAACUCAAUGGCUUCUUUUUAAUGUUCCUGAAAUCAUGUCUUAUGUCAUGAUCAUACCCAUCAUUGAUGGUAGUUUUAGGUCUGCAUUGCAAGCUGGGGUUGAUGGUCAUGUCAUGAUUUGUGCUGAGAGUGGUUCUACCAAGGUGAAAGCAUCAUCUUUUGAUGCUAUAGCUUAUGUUCAUGUGUCUGAAAAUCCUUACGAUAUCAUGAAAGAGGCUUUUAGUGCACUUAGGGUUCACCUCAAUACCUUCAGGCUCUUUGAAGAGAAAACUGCACCUUCUCUAGUUGAUAAAUUUGGGUGGUGCACUUGGGAUGCUUUUUAUUUAACUGUAGAGCCUGCCGGUAUAUUGUGCGGUCUAAAUAGUUUGGCUGAGGGUGGGAUGUCUCCUAGGUUUCUCAUCAUUGACGAUGGCUGGCAAAGCAUUAAUCUUGAUGGUGAGAAUCCCAACCAGGAUUCUAAAAAACUUGUUCUCUGUGGAAGUCAAAUGACUGCUAGGCUUCAUAGGCUUGAUGAAUGUGAGAAGUUCAGGAAGUAUAAGGGAGGUUCUUUGUUAGGUCCUAGCCCUCCUCCAUUUGAUCCAAAGAAACCUAAGAUGCUAAUCUCUAAGGCAGGUGAACUAGAGCGUGCCGAGAAGGAUCUCAAGAAGGCAAUCCAAUCUGGUUCAGUAACUGACUUGUCUGCUUUUGAAUCUAAAAUUCAGAAGUUACAACAAGAAUUGGAAGGCAUGUUUGAUGAAGAAGAAAACAGUGUUGAUUCUAGCGAUGCUUGCAAGGGUGACAGUUAUGGCCUGAAGGCUUUAACGAGGGAUUUGAGGACAAAGUUUAAGGGUUUGGAUGACAUAUAUGUGUGGCAUGCUCUCUGUGGUGCCUGGUCUGGUGUUAGGCCAGGUUCUACUCAUCUGAAUGCAAACAUCAUGCCUUGCAAAGUGUCUCCUGGUCUUGAUGGAACAAUGGAAGAUCUUGCCGUGGUUAAGACGGUUGAAGACGGUAUCGGUCUUGUUCAUCCUGACCAAGCUGGGGACUUCUAUGACUCUAUGCACUCCUACCUUGCCAAUGUCGGCAUCACAGGAGUCAAAGUGGAUGUCAUUCAUACUCUUGAAUAUGUGUCUGAAGAAUAUGGAGGCCGUGUUGAACUUGCGAAGGCUUAUUACAAGGGCCUGUCAGAUUCAUUGUCGAAGAAUUUCAAAGGAUCAGGACUUAUCUCUAGCAUGCAACAAUGCAAUGAUUUCUUCUUUCUUGGAACAAAGCAGAUAUCCAUGGGAAGAGCAGGUGAUGAUUUCUGGUUCCAGGAUCCGAAUGGUGAUCCUAUGGGAGUUUAUUGGUUGCAAGGAGUCCAUAUGAUCCAUUGUUCUUACAACAGCAUGUGGAUGGGUCAGUUUAUCCAACCAGAUUGGGACAUGUUCCAAUCUGACCAUCUUUGUGCCAAAUUUCAUGCUGGAUCAAGAGCUAUUUGUGGUGGACCUGUGUAUAUCAGUGACUCUCCAGGUUGCCACGAUUUUGAACUCCUCAAGCAGCUUGUGUAUCCUGAUGGAACCAUUCCCAAAUGCCAGCAUUUUGCCCUUCCCACCAGGGAUUGCCUCUUCAAGAACCCUCUAUUUGACAACAAAACAAUCCUCAAGAUUUGGAACUUCAACAAGUAUGGAGGAGUAAUUGGAGUUUUCAACUGCCAAGGAGCUGGAUGGGACCCCAGAGAGCAAAGAAUCAAGGGCUACCCUGAGUGCUACAAGCCAAUGUCAGUUUCUGUUCAUGUUUCUGACAUUGAAUGGGACCAAAACAAAGAGGCUGCUCAAAUGGGUGAGGCUGAAGAGUACAUAGUCCAUCUCAACCAGGCUGAAGAUCAAGAACUCCUUCUUGUAUCACCAAAAUCUGCACCCAUUGAAAUCACCAUCAAUCCAUCUACAUUUGAGAUCUUCAGCUUUGUCCCUGUCAAGAAACUAGGCAGCUCUGGCAUCAAAUUUGCUCCCAUUGGACUGACCAACAUGUUCAACAGUGGCGGCACCAUUCAAGAAGUGGAGUACGUUGAUCCAGAAGAAUUUGAGACCUGUGUGAAGAUUGAGGUUAAAGGUGGAGGUGAUUUCUUAUCCUACUCAAACGCAUGUCCAAUAAGGUGUUUCUUGAAUGGAGCUGAGUCUGGUUUUCAAUGGCUGGACAAUGGCAAGCUGAGCUUGAAUCUCCCUUGGACUGCAGAGGCUGCUGGCAUAUCUUCUGUCGCUUUUCUUUUUUGA